GGCAACCCAUGAUCGCAGACUCAACACGCAUCCUCACACCACUGACCUGGGCUGCGCUGUGUCCUGCAUGUGUGGGGGUGUGCAUGCAUGUGUGUGAGCGGGAGUGUGAGUGAUCCCCAGAAACGAGCAGCAGGAUGGAGGAUCUCAAGGAGAUCCUGGGAACUUUGGAUUGACGCCCGGGGAUAACGCGCCGUCGGCCUGAACCUCAUCGGGCUUCUAGUGGAUUUUAUAUAUUUGGAUGUUGUCUCUACCCCGUUUUUACCUUUUUCUUCUAGGCAGUGGGGAUAUACACUUGGCUCGCAGUCUCUGUUAUUUUUGGCGAACAAAAUGCCAUUCGCCAAAAGGAUUGUGGAGCCGCAGCUUCUGUGCAGACACCAGAUCCCCAACGAUGAAGGUCUGCUUUUCGAGGACCUGUGUGCCAUCAGUCAUGUGGUUCUCUCGCGGACCUUGCGACAGCUGUCCGACCUGGCACGGCAUGCGUGCUCCUUAUUUCAGGAGCUAGAGAACGACAUCAUGAGCACCAACCAGCGUGUCUGGGUCCUUCAGAACAAAAUAGGCCAGAUCCAGCAGACUGCCAAUGCCCUGGACCCCAAAAAGGAGGCAGUGCCUGUGUCGAACUUGGAUAUAGAGAGCAAGCUGUCGGCGCACUAUCAGGCUCCAUGGCACCAGCAACACAACGUGUUUCACCCAUGCACCAGACCGCCGUGUCUGGAGGAGCUCCACAGAAAUGCCCGUCUGAGUCUUAGAGCUCUGCAUCGCGACGAACAACAGCAUCAGCCUUCUUCAAGUCGAGAGAGAAACAGGGUGACCAUCUCCAUCUCUGUGGCGCCACCCAUGCCCACCUUUCCCUCACCGCAUAGCAUUCGGCGGCAACAGAGGAGUCGGCUCGCACGAGCGCAAGAGAGAGCAGAGAGGGAACGAGAGCUGGAGUAUCAACCCAGAAAGGAGAGGACUGUCAAAGAAACAGAGAUCCAGACCACAGAGAGAAAGCUACAAGAGAGGCCUGGUAGAGAGGAGGAUAUGAAAACAAUUGAAAGGAAGUUUGAGUGCUUUUACUCACUUGAAACUAUUGAAGGUUGCAUCUUCAUUCCAUGGAAUAGAAAGGUUACCUCGAUAGAGAAAAGUGAAAGUAGUGAAGUUAUUGGAGGCCAAACAGCCUCCAAUAAGGCCGUAAACCACAGUGCCCCCUCAGCCCAGGACAAGCAGGCAAACUGGUCAAAGGAAAACGUCCCGCCAUCAGAUCAGAAGACAAAUGGCGAUUCUCAAGCGGUCUCCUCAUGCAUAAUCCCCAUUAAUGUCACAGCAGGAGUCGGGUUUGACAGAGAGGCCAGUGCCCGUUGCUCUCUAGUUCACUCCCAGUCGGUGCUUCAGAGAAGAAGGAAGCUGAGGAGGAGAAAGACUAUCACUGGAAUACCCAAACGGGUACAACAGGACAUGGACUCAGAUGAAUCACCUGUGGCAAGAGAGCGUACAGUGAUCAUCCACGCCAAUUCACAUCAACUAUCUCUCUGUCAAGAGGACCUCUCAAUUAGUGGGCGUCUCCAUCACACUCGUGACUCUGGCUGCCAGACAGAUGAUUUCCUUAUAGCAUGUACAGCUGCUCCCUCCAGAAGGCGCAUUAGAGCUCAGCGCAACCAUCAAGGUAUCCCUGCCUCUCUGUCCCAUUCUACGGGUAACAUUUCCUCCCUGGGUGACCAGUCGGACUCAACAUACACAACAGCUUCUACACAUGGUGGCCGCUUACGCUCACGUAGCCUUCCAAGAGAAGGAGGCCGUCUAAUCGACAGUGACGAAGACGAUGAUGACAACUAUGAUGAUGAUGAUGAAGAUGAAGAUUUAUCACCUUAUGAAGCAGAGGACUUCAUUCCAUCUGGACCAAGUCCAAGAAUGAAGAUGAUGAUGAUGAAGGAUGAAGAAGAGAGUACAGACGAUCAGGCAGCCCCUGAGCCACUGCAACUUGGAAGCCUAAAACGACUGCAGAGGUCUAGUGAAAGAGACAGGGGUGGUGGAGGAGACGGGAGUCCAGAACAUAGCUGGAUGGAGAGGGGUCGUUCUCGCUUGCCCCGCAAGGCUGACAUGGGUAGCUGUGAAAUUUCAUCCAGUUCUGAUACUUUUAGCAGCCCUAUUCACUCAGUGUCUACUACAGGCGUUUUAGGCAGUCAUGUGGACCACAAGGAGGACCACCAGUCAUCAAGUGGAAACUGGAGUGGCUCCAGCUCCACCUGCCCCUCACAAACAUCUGAAACUAUUCCCCCACCCUCUUCUCCACCCCUGACAGGCUCUUCCCACUGUGAUUCAGAGUUAUCACUUAAUACAGCACCCAAUGCCAUUGAUGAGGGAUUUUCCCUGGAUCCUUCCUACCACUCUGACCUCAGGCCCCAGAGUCAAGGCCACAGAUCAAGCUCUUUUACAUCAUCAGCCACAGACCAGCUAGAUGAUGCAGGGGUCAGUACAGCCAGCGAAGGGGAGUGGACAUACCCCCAAGACCAAGAUCAGACCGAUCCAGAUCAAGAUCAAGAUCCCACCCAAAAGCUAAGUGAAAACCACCAGUUUCUUCAAGAAUACAGCUCAAUGGAAGGUCUUAAUGACCAAACAUGUUUCAGUAAACAGAAAACAAAUGCUGAAAAAGAGCCUGAGUCUCAUUACCCAUCUGAUACAGAAGGUUUCUACUCAUCCUCUGUGAAUCUUGGGGAGUAUAAUCCGACCUACAGAGAAUACACAUGUAACUAUGCAGACCUCGGGCCUGAUUGUCAUCAGUCCAACACUGUGGCAAAACGAUUAUCCCAUGGAGGUUAUCCUCAGCCUCCACUUCAGUUCAAAACAGGCACUAUGACUUUAGGGAGGACUUGCCGUCCUUUAAGGAAAUCAAAAAUCAAACCUCCACCACCCAAGCGAACAUCCUCACUAAAGGAAACCAAUAGUAGUGUUGAUGUUGGAACAGACACACAAGCAGAUAAGGAUCAUCCAAAGAUGGUUAGUGAGCAAGAACUUACCUCGUCUUCCACAGAUAUGAAGCUGGAACUGGACCUGGAACUUGGAGGAGCUCCAGAACCAUUACAGUCAUCUUGUCUAGUUGCAGAGUCUUUAGGAACUUGGGGCAUGGGACUGGGGGGAGCCAUGGACAUAGUAGAGCCCAUGUCCUUUAGCUCUGCAGAUACACACUCAUUUAAGGAUGAAGGUGCUGUGCAGUCUGACUAUGCAGAUCUGUGGCUUCACAACAGUGAGCUUAAGUCUAACAAUGGUGAGUACGCAUCAAUGUCUAACUCAAGCACAGCUACAGGCACCACUGUUAUGGAUUGUAUGAAGUCACCAGACAGCUCUUCCUCUUCCACAGAAACGCAAAUUCAGGCUGUUGCCCAGACCUUAGAGUCCAAGGAAAGCAGUCCAUCUCUCCCAUCUGGAGACUUUAAACUUGGAUCACCUGAGAAACUGGCUGGCCUAGCCUCACCAUCAAGUGGUUAUUCCAGCCAAUCAGAAACCCCAACAUCAACCUUACCCUCAUCUUCAGCAGCCUUCUUCCCAGGACCUCUGUCCCCUUCAACUGGCAAAAGAAAGCCUAAAGUGCCAGAAAGGAAGUCAUCUCUCUCUUCCUUGCAACAAUUUCCCAGAGAUGGGGCUUCCAUUUCAUUUUGCAAUAAGAGAGAUCCAGACUUUCCACCUCCACCUUCUCAGCUCGAUCUCAAUGUUCUACAUGGAGGCUAUGUGAGACACACCUUAUCCCACCGAGCAUACCACAUGCACACCCUUCACCACAACAAACACAGAGUUGCAAAUGUUUUGUCCAUUGGACCAAAAAUAAUGGUCCCUGAGAUAACCAAUACCAAUCCAUCACCAAGUUCAGGCUCUGCUUUAACAAAUCCAGGCUCUAACGUUCUGCCAAUUACUCCAUCAACAAUUCGUUCAGUGCAGCUUCAUUCAGUUAGCCAAUCUGCAGAGCCGCAGAGUACUUCCACAACAUACCAGGACACAACGAAUGGAACUGAGACUGUGACAAGGCCAAAAUGUCCCCCAAGUGGUUCCACCCUGGCUCCUCCCCCUGUUAAUACCAGGCCUCUCCCUCCCAGAAGGCCACCUCCCAGGCCCCCAUGUCAUGAUCACACCUCUUCUCCUGAACGUUCACAGCCACCUCCACCUGGUCGCCACCCUGAUGGACCUCCAUCCUAUGAAAGUCUGCUUCUAAGGCAGGACCGGUAUGGACCAGGAACCUUUUGGGCUAUGACUGCCUUCAGAACAAGGAUGGACCCUUCAUCAGACAUCUCUGAAGACAGUUCACCCCUGCAUAGACCAGUUCCACGUGCUCCACACCCUUCACCUGUGGAUCUCCACACUCAUAUUCACUCACACACAGAGUUCAGGGGGCUCACCCACUCAACACAUGCACGUUCCGAGUUUAGAGUUUUGGGGGAGCGCUCGUUCUCCCAGGAUGACGACGAGGAUGAGGAGGAGGAUGAGGAGGAGGAGGAAGAGGAAGAAGAAGAGCAGGUAAAAGAGCCGCAGAGGGCUGCAUGUUCCAGAGGAGGAAUGCGAUCGGACCACCCUCCUCCCCCAGCCUAUGAAUUUGCUGGGGGAUCCCACUUAAACUCAGGGUCAUGGGCUAGUCCUGUCAAAGUGCCUGGUAACACAACAGAGGCAUCGCAUCCUUACCUAAUCAGCGAUGCAAGGACAGGAGGACAAGAAGUGCAUGAAGAAGAGAGGGAAGUGAUAUCAGGUGCUACCAGAAGUGCCCAUCCGCACCAACUCCAAGAGAACAAGGAUGACUCCACCACUCCUGACACUGAGGAUUACUUUAGCAAAGAUUCCACACCAAGUGACAAUUCACUUUCCCCUCUGACGGAUGACGCCAAAGUUGAUGACGACAUUAUUAUUACAUCCCCUAACAAGAGUCGUACAACAGAAGACCUUUUUGCCAUGAUACACAGAUCCAAAAGAAAGGUCCUUGGCCGUAAAGAUUCAGGAGACCUAAACGUGAAGUCUCGUCUUUGCCCUGUGUCAGCCGUAACCCCCAGUAAUGUUUCCACUGGUGUUGUCCCUCCAGCUCCUCCUCUUAACUUUCCUGCUACUUUAGCCAAUGCCGUUGGGUCACAGAGAGCUCCUGUUCCAAUCUAUCGUAGUGCUAAGAAAUCCAGCACAUCCAACGAGGAGUUUAAACUUCUUUUGCUAAAGAAAGGCAGCAGGUCUGAUUCUAGCUAUCGCAUGUCAGCGACAGAGAUUUUGAAGAGCCCCAUUACCCCCAAAACACCCGGGGAGUCCCUUCAAGAAGGUUCAAUUAGACAGGCAGAGGAGCAGUCUUCUAUGCCUCAGGAGCCCCCAAUCUCUGGUUUGGACCCAAUCCAGAUACCAGGCCUUUUUCCUCGGGCCAACUCGGAAAGUUUCACUCCCAAAACACUCCCCAUGUCAGCUGCAUCUCGACAGGGACGUUCUCGGAUCCCCCCGGUUGCUAACAGCAGUCGCUACAGUACACGCAGUCGCCUCUACACAGCGCCCAUGCAAGCCAUUUCAGAAGGGGAGACAGAAAACUCAGAUGGGAGCCCUCAUGAUGAUAGAUCGUCAUAAAAUAAGCUGAUAAGAACUUUUGCCCGUUCUUAGCUGUUUUCUGGAUUUUCAAAACCUGCACUUCUCCUUUUCACCAGUGGAGGGAUUCCUGCAACAUUUCAAAUCUGUUGCUGAAAUGCACUCAGCUGUUUAAAAGUGGCAGACUGUUGUGAGAUAGAGAAUCAUUAAAGGAUUAUAAUGAAGUCCUGAAAAUAUAUCUAAAUACCUUAUUUAGUGAAAAAUAGUCCCCUUCUUUAAAAGUGCAAGGAAUAUUUUGAUUGAACAGGCUUUUUUCUAAAAAUAAAAAAAAUAAAAAAAUCUCAAGGGUUUGGAAACUGAUGGGACAUAAUAUUGUGACAAAGUGAGUGUGCAUGUACAGGCACAUGCAAUCUUUACUAAUAUUUGUACUUUUUGUGUUUUCAAUGGUGCGGGUGCACGUAUGUCACUUAGGGACUGAUUUACUACUUCAUUUAAAAAUUCUUCCCACAUUUUGUAUUCUUUCAACCUAGGGUGCCCACUGCAUCAGCCAGACUUCCUAGACUCGUUACUCAGUAUUCCUGCCAACAAGCAAAGUCGGUUUGAUGUGGAAGUCACUAGCAAGAGUCUCAACUCAGCACCAAGUUUUUUAUUAUAUUUACAUCUGCAGACCUGCCAUAAAGUAUAUUACAAAGAGCCAGUCUUAUAUUUGUCGACUAAAAUGAUAUCCAAAUACUAACAUGAUGCAUGUAUUUUUGUAAAAAUGCGCCUCAGAAAAUGAUAAGACUUCAACUUGUUGCAUGACCUAUGUGGAAAGAAUCCUUGAUCCUAGUUUGUGUCGACAUUUUUGUACUUCUUUUGUAUUACAGGAGAAUUGAUUACGUCACUGCGAAAGAUAUGAGUUGCAUUUACGCUGCAUAGAUCAAAACAGAUUUUUCUUUGAGUAUCGAAAACAGAAGGAGCAAGGGCUUGCACCUAUUUGUCUAUCAUCCAGACUAAUUUUGGACAAUCGCACAGUGGCCUUUCUCCUACAGAGUUGGUUGUGGCAGGGCAUUUGAAAGUCCCUGAACGGAUAAAUUUAUAUGAAGCUACAUGUAAAGUUUCACUAAAAUUAAAUCUCACACUUGUCAAAAGCUGACAUUAAAAUUUAUUGCUCUUUCCAGCUGCUAGCAAAAAUUGCCAUUCCAGAAAAAGGAAAUGUGCGUUUCAUUGCAAAUUUAAGUGAACCAGUGAGGGCAGAUGGUGAAAAUGCUUUAGAAGGACUUCAAUCUGUUGGACUAGAGUUUAACUUGGCAUGGUUUCACAGAUCCAACCUCGUUUUGCACUUCGUGAUACACAAGAAUAGAAGAAAGAAAGAUAUAUCUUAUAAUGAAAUCCAUGUAUAUUUGUACUGAAUAGAAAGCUCUUAUCUAUAUUAAAAUUACGAGAACUUUUACGGGGAACCAAUCUGCGUGUAGCAAAGAACAGGUCUCACUGAACAUUACACAUAAUUUUUUUUUUUUUUUAGCAGUGUACUGUUCGCCUCUCCUUGUUGCCUCUCCUUCAUUUGCACUGACCCAGUAGCAUUAGACAGGUGAAAGCUCAACCCCAGUGGCCAAUAAACCGUUCUGAAUUAUACUUCAAACUUAACAUAUCACAUAAUCUCUCUUCAAAAAGAGAGAAGACAAUAAUAGACAACAGUACGACAUAAGAUUGAUGGUUCAUUUAUUACUGCUGCAAGGGUGAAAGAGAUUUGCCCUUUGAACAGAUAUACAUAUGUGGAAAGCUUGAACUCUCACCUGCCUACCAGAAAAAACACAACACAUAUACUUCCUAUGUUUAGAGACCAUGCUUCAAUUGAAACCAUUCACUGUAUUCUGUGAAUACCUCAGAAAUCAUGUCUGUUUUAUCAUGAUAGAUAGAUAGAUAGAUAGAUAGAUAGAUAGAUAGAUAGAUAGAUAGAUAGA